UAUAGAAAGAGAAAAGUUCUGUGCUUUUGCCGGCCCCUCUUUCUCUCUCCCUAUCUAUCUGUUUCUUGUUUUUAUUUUUAUUUUAUAUAAUUUUAAAAUUCUGUUGUUUUUAUUCUUAUCUUCAGCUUAUUUUCACAUAAUAAGCGUGUUGAACAGUCAACUGCAGCCUAGCAGCUUUAAUUUUCUUUUAAAAAGCAAAGACCAUAUUUUGAUGGUUUCCUCAGAAGCUACCCAUAGAGAUUGUGAAGAUCAAAGCCGUCUGAUCAGCUGUUGAGGGGCUUUGGGUUUUUCAUUCUUUUGGUUCUGUACAAGGUAUUAUAGAAUCUUGAAUUUCAUAAUUGAAUUGUUAGAAAAGUUGGGUUUAGAAUAAUUGAAUUGUGUAGAAAGUUGGAGUUGUUAUGGUUCUUUAGUUAUUAUAUGAAGUAUUUAUAAAGAGUGGAUUCUUGGUAUUUGAUAAUUCUUUUAUGGAGUGGUAGUUUGUGCCAAAAGUUGGAGUCUUUUGGUGUUGUAGUUACUGAUCAAGAAUUUAUAAGGAUUGGGUUUAUUGGGUAUUUGAUAGUAGCUUUUAUGGAGUUGUAAUUUGUGCAAAAAGUUGGAGUCUUUUGGUGUUGUAGUUACUGAUCAAGAAUUUAUAAGGAUUGGUUUGUGUAUUUGAUAGUUGUUCAUGGAGUCGUAGUUUUUGCAAGAUUGGACUGGAUAUUUGGAAGUUUAUUUGAGUAGCUGUUUACUGGUUGAGAUUUUUUGAGCUUUGGUUCCAUGGUUCUUGGGGAAAGAUCGAAUUUUGCAAAGCCUAGUGUCUGGGGUUGGUAAUUUGCAACUGCAGAGGAAGGUUUUUGGUUGGGUUGAUUAUGGGUUGUGUUUGUGGAAAACCUUCCCCGUCUGCCAAAGAUAGGCGGGGUGGACAAAAGAAGAGAGAUUUUACGAAAGGGGCAAACGUGGCAUCACGCGCACCACGAGCUGUUUCUUCAAGGAGAGAGGAGAGUUUCAGGGUGAAAGACAUGUUGGAAAAUGGUGAUGUGAAGCUUGGUUUAAUAGAUAGGAAGAAUAAUGGAUCAAGAAAGGUGAGGGAUGAUCAUUACGAGCAGAUAAAGGAAAAGCUUGGACUGAUUGUGAAUGGUGGUCCUGGAUAUGGAGUCGUCCCAAAAGCGUUGGAAGGGGAACUGGUUGCUGUAGGAUGGCCUUCUUGGCUUGCUGCAGUUGCAGGUGAAGCUAUUAAUGGAUGGCUUCCUCGCAAGGCCGAUACGUUCGAGAAAUUAGACAAGAUUGGCCAAGGGACAUAUAGUAGUGUAUACAAGGCUCGUGAUCUAGUUAACAAUAAAGUUGUUGCACUCAAAAGAGUGAGGUUCGAUAAUAUGGAUCCUGAAAGUGUCAAAUUUAUGGCAAGAGAGAUAGUAAUUUUGCGUAGGCUUGAUCAUCCGAAUAUUAUCAAAUUGGAAGGCUUGGUUACAUCAAGAUCAUCUUGCAGUUUGUACCUCGUUUUUGAGUAUAUGGAACAUGAUCUUACUGGACUGGCAUCUGUUCCUGAUAUCAAAUUUACAGAAUCACAGAUGAAAUGCUAUAUGCAGCAACUUCUUAGUGGACUUGAUCAUUGCCAUAGUCGGGGUGUUUUGCAUCGGGACAUCAAAGGUUCAAAUCUUCUAAUCGACAAUCACGGCAUCUUGAAAAUUGCAGAUUUUGGCUUAGCAACCUUCUUUGAUCAUAAGCAAAGUGUUCCAUUGACAAGCCGUGUUGUGACUCUUUGGUAUCGACCACCCGAGCUCUUACUUGGAGCAAGUCAUUAUGGAGUCGCGGUAGAUUUAUGGAGUAGUGGUUGCAUACUUGGAGAAUUAUAUGCCGGCAAGCCCAUCAUGCCCGGUAGAACAGAGGUAGAGCAGCUGCAUAAGAUUUUUAAGCUUUGUGGUUCACCAUCUGAGGAUUACUGGAAAAAAGAAAAAUUACAUCAUUCAACAGCAUUUAAACCGAUACAUCCUUACAGACGGCGUAUUGGGGAAACAUUUAAGGAUCUUCCUCCAUCUGCUGUGAGGUUACUGGACACAUUACUUUCUAUAGAUCCUGAACUUAGGGGAACAGCUGGCGGUGCUCUUGAGAGCGAGUUCUUCACCACAAAGCCCAUGCCUUGUGAUCCUUCAAGUUUGCCGAAGUACCCUCCCAGUAAGGAAAUUGAUGCAAAACUGAGGGAAGAGGAAGCUCGAAGGCAAGGAGCUGCAGGAGUUAAGAGCCAAGUUGGUGAUGGGCAUACAAGAGGAUCGAAAGAAGUUCGAGUUGUUCCAGCACCUGAUGCUAAUGCCGAGUUGGCUAGGUCAAUGCAGAGGAGGCAGAGCAGUUCAAAUCCUAAGAGCCAAUCUGAGCAGUUCAAUCGCCAUAAGGGAGCUUCUUCUGGUUUUCCCAACAAUCCACAUAGACCAUCACAACCAAGCGAAGAAAGAGGCAGAGAUCACUUGGAGAAUCUUUCGCAGAGAUUUUCUCAUUCCGGACCUCUAGCUCCAGGAUUUGGGUGGGCAAAAUCUGGGAAGAAAUAUGAUCAUGAUAUUUCUGUUGGUUCCAAUAGACCCGACUUAUCGAAGUUAUCCAGUUUAGUAGCAUCUCGGUCAGUUGUGGGCCUUGUGGCCGGUGAUGCCCGAGAUCGAUUUGCUGUUUCACAUCUGGAAUCUGCCCAUCAAAUAGAAAGGCCAGUACGUUUGCUUAAUGAACACCCAAGGAAGCAGGAUCAGAAGCGUCACAUGCAAAACCCUGCUGGUUCUCGUCAAUUUGACAAUGGAAGGUCCAGCGUCAAAGAAUCAAAUCUGCAUGGACAUGGUCACAAGGCAAACCAAAUCCAUUUUUCUGGUCCACUACUUGUUCAACCUAAUAAAGUGGAUCAAAUGCUGAAAGAGCACGAUCGUCGUAUCCAGGAAGCUGCACGACGAGCAAGGCUCGAGAAGGCAAGAGCAGGUAAAGGUCAAACUCAAGCUCAAGGAAUGCAGAGGACCAACAAUUCUAUUUAUGUCACUAGCGUGGGAUCGCGGUAGACUGGGAAAAAUUAUAUAUAGUCCUUUGUACAGUUCUUCUGGAAAUAAUUGUUAUUAAUAGGAAUAUAGACGAUAAAUUUAUGUGGUCUGCUAGAGUAGGCAAACAUAUUUAUGUACACAAUUUGUUUUACCGUCAUUGCCUCAAUUAAAUCAACCCGAAGUUUCUUCA